AUGUCGGAAUAGCAAGGCUAGCUCGUAUUUGGAGAAGGGAAGAAAAUGAUAGCAUGAGACAUUUAACCUAAUUAAUGACACCAAUUUCCACAUGAUUGCAUUGUUCUACACGCGAUCUUUUAUCAAAGCUUGUGACAUCUCAACGCUGAGUAAACAUGGCUCUCCUAAGCUAACAUUCCAGUGACUUCAGUGACUCCAGGACUCCAGUGGAGGUUUUGAUGAAAAAGAAGAUGGAGGAUCUUUGCUCAGAGAAUGUAGCCGACUUUCCUCAGAAUGGGGCAAAUACUGGAGGGGGACGAGGGGGAGGAGAAGGCAGUUCUGGUUUAGGAGAGAUCAGAAAGCUAGAUCACACUAUUACCCAGCUGAACACCAAUGACGCGUCCAACACUGGCUCUCCGGGGCGGGCUAAGAGACCACCCCCAUGCCCCAUGGUAACUGUUCCACCCCCCCCCUCCGCCAACAUGGUCAGCCCCAACACGGAGGCCCAAGAGGGGAUGGCGCUGAAGGUGUCCGCCACCAUGCUUCAGCCUCUCUGUCUCGGGGACAGUCCUGUGAUGAUGCCCAUCCACCUGCUCCAACAGAUGGCUGGAGGAACUGCUUCCUCUGGGAUCCCCCCCUACCUCUUGACCCACCAGGGUCCCCUUUCCCUGGGCACUGGGUUCUCACUGCCACUGGUACUGGAGCAGCAGGUGUUCCAGCACCUAAACCCAAUGGGAGCAAUGCUACAGCAGACGCCCGCCUGCCCUUCUCUGUCCUUCCUCCAGAACAAUCUCAAUCUGCUUUGUCAGACGCAGACCCAGAACUCCUCCAUGGCUUCACUUGCCUUCUGUCAGCCUUCAUCCUUAGAUCAGAAACUCCCCGGAGGCCUUGCUCAGGAUCCAGGUCUCCACGCCCUCCUCCAGAACCCCGCCUUCGCUGCCCUCCUACAGGACCUGUGUUCCGCUCAGACCCAGAAUAAUCCCGCCACCGCUUCCUGUCACCCAGCAGGACCCACCCUGACGGACCCCUUCCCCUCAGCCACGUUCCCCUUACCUCCGGCCCAACCACCUCCACCUCUCUCAUACCCAUACACCUCCCCGCUUGCCCCCCUGGUGCCCCCUGCUACUCUGCUGGUCCCGUACCCAGUCAUCGUCCCUCUCCCCGUGCCCCUGCCCAUUCCUCUGCCCAUCCCUGUUCCCGUGCCACAGAGCCAAGACUCCAAAGCCUUCACUGACCGCCCUAAACCAGCCGUAGUGGCGACUAAAAGCACACAGACUAACUCCGAUGAAACUGUAGGCCCUCCCACGGAAAGCAACAUAAUGGCUAUUUAUCCUCCAUCAUCUGUGACGGCCCUGCCCUCUGUUGCCAUGGUCCCGGAAGGGGAGGUGUUGGACCUAUCAGUAAAAGCCCCUCCCAUAAUCCAACCGAAACAGGAAGUGGCCUUUCAACAACAAGACGACACAGUUCUUGACUUGUCUGUAGCCAGGAAACAAACGUGCAUACAGGCCGUCAGUAGAAAAGAGCGUCCUUCGUCCCAGGACUGGCACACGCCUUUCAAGAGGACUCAUACAGCCUGCCGCCCUGCAUCCGAGGGCACCGCAGCCGUUUCUCUGGAGCUGUUACGGCCCGCCGACUCCUCUCAGAAACUCCACCUCCAUCACCCGAACCUCCUGAACGGCCUAACCCACGUAGAGUUCAGCAGACAGCGUCAGUGGGCAGUAGUGGAAGGAGCAAGCAGUGGCAGCAUCCGCCCGAACAACGAGCCCAAGUCUAGCAGCAGCAGCAGCAGUAGUAGUAGUAGCUCAAACUUUGAGAUUUUCCACACGUCGCAAACGGCCAAAGUCAUUGUGGCUGUCAAAGAUGCGAUCCCCGCCACCGCAAUCUUCUGUGGGAAGAUCAAGUCUCUCUCUGGGGUGUCCAGUAAGAACCUGUCUAUGAAACAACAGCAGGAGGCCUCCGGCCACACUGGGGCGCUGUUGCAGCAGUGUUACGGUGCUCUACCGCUACCUAGGGGCCACGUGGAGCAGAAAGACCCCAAUGUCCCCAGGAACAGGCAGGCCAUCAAACUGAAGAAGGUUGGCUCACAGGAGAUCCACAUCCUACCCCUCAAGAAGCAACGACUUGCAGCCUUCUUCCCUAGGAAGUAGAGAAGUUAGACUAGUCUGUGUGUCAAGUGGUUAAAAUGUUGGGCCAGUAAUCAAAAGUUUGCUGGUUCGAAUCCCCAAGCAAAGAAAAUGAAGUGUAUAAGAGUGUCUGUUAAAGGACUUUGUAAAUGUUACAUAAAGGAAGUGUUGAUGAGACCUAUAAACCUGUGUUAGCCCACAAGCUUAGGCUAAUGCCAAUGCUUUAACUUCACAGGUGAAUUCAGUCUUGUGGAGCGCACAGGACCUGAGGUUCAAACCUUCUGGUUAAUAGAAAUUACAAUGCAUUCUGAGACAUUGGUCGAGUUCAUUUAUGUCAGAAAGUUGAGGACAAUCUUCAUGACAUUUUGUUUGCUUAAAAUGUACAUUAUCUCUUUGUGUCCAGAGAUUGACAAUUUGUGGAUCUAGUGUUGUAACUGUAUUUGUACCUGUUUUACAUUUUUACCUUAGAAAAUGUUCAUGUUUAAGUACCCAUUUACCAACACAGACUGGUACAGAUCUUGACCUCCCUCUACUUGUUACAGGAAUAAAGUACUGAGAGAGAAAUUCAA